GCGAUCAAACCUAUCGAGCUUCGCCUCGAGGAGGGCCGGCUAUUCACGAUACUCCGUCGGACCAAGACAUCGGGUCUGAACCGGAGGAUAAAGGAGCUGCCAGUUUGUGUUAGCGAAGUGGCAUUCUAUGAGGAUGCCCGCUGGAUAUCAGUAGGUUUCAACCUGCUAAAGGAGAACGCCAGCUACAAGAGGGAUUACCUCUUGCCGAGAUUGAGAUCCGAUAUGACAUCAAUGGAUCGCAAGAUGGCGAGCUAUGCUGACGCUGUGGUGGCCACCGCGGCGGUCCUCGCUAGGAUAGGCAUCCCCGCGGCGGUCCAAGGAUAUUGGACAGAGCGGUCAGAGAGGUCGAUAUUGCCGACGGCCUUGGCAAUAUUGGGUGUCACGGACUCCGAGAAAGAUAUCCUGGGAGAUGGAAGCCCGGAUACCUACGUCCGAUCCUACGGUGGAAGGGUGGCUAGAUUGCAGUCCAGAUAUGCAGCCGCUGCCCGAGAGGAUAGCCACUACUCUAUGCUGGAAGACGGGGAUAACCCUCCAGAAGAGAGGGGCGAGGACAGCGAAGAUAGCCAGGG